GACAAAAUAUACAAAAUUCGUGAACUUUGAUUCACAAUUUUAGAUUUUUAUGGUUUAUUAUUAUUAUUUGUUAUAAAGCCAGUCUGUUGUUUUGUUUACUUGAUUUUACAUUAAAAAUGAAAAAUGUCUCAACGUAGUAGAGUGAUUAAUUUAUAUAAGACAUUCCUAAAUUUAUCAAAAGAUUGGCCGAAAGGUCAGGACCAGUUCAAGCAGCGAUUGCACAACGCUUUCUUGAAAAACAAGGAUGAGAAGGACCCGGAAAAGAUCGAAAAAAUGAUCACGCAUGGAAAAUUCGUCGUUAAGGAAAUAGAGGCUUUGUAUAUGCUGAAAAAGCAAAAUUCUAAUACAAAAGUUUCCGAAAAUCCAAUAGCCAAUACGUCAAAAGCAACUUCUGGUGAUUGUGAAGACUUUGAACACUCGACUGAAUAUCCUACUCAGGACAAAAAUAUUGACAUUAUGGAGGAAUUUUCAGAUUUUGAUGAUAACAUAAGAACUAAAUUUUGGACCAUGACAUUUGGCGAAAGAAGACUCUUUCUGGAUUCGCACGGUGUUAAAACCAGGGUACAAGAGGCAUUAUCAUUAAACAGAAAUUAUUCUAUUCGAUAUUUUUUACCAAUAAAGAAUCACUCAGAAUCUAGUAAUAAUAUAAUUGAAGACGUGCAGGUAUACAUUUCUGCCAUUGUAAUGGAGCACCUACCCGAAGAGAUGGACUGGUUGGACGAAGAGGAGGAAAUAGUAGCUGCUACUGCGAUAUUUUUUGCGCUACAGGACGAAUCCAGAGAGUACUGGGUUUAUCCAGUAAAUCAGCGUAGGCAAGAACUUGGUGCAUUUCAUGUUUUGUGGCCCGAAAUCAGCAUUGACGACAAAAGGUAA